AUUCGAAACUUCUGAACUGAAUCUGAACAAGACAAUUUGAAAUUCAAUUCUGUCAGUCGAAAACGUCAUUCAUAACUUUUACAUUGGAAAUUAAUUAAGGAAGAAAAUGAAGCAAGUAUACAAAGUUCAGAUUUCCAUUAUGUGCAUCGUAGCAAAUGAGUUUUGUGAAAGAUUUUCAUUUUGUGGUCUUCGUACUAUUCUAUCAAUCUACUUGAGGAAUGAACUUAUGUUGACUGAAAAUGAGUCUACCAUUGUAUAUCAUGUAUUUAUAAUGGGUUGUUAUAUCAUACCCACCAUGGGAGCUAUAUGUGCGGAUAGUUUCAUUGGAAAAUAUAGGACAAUACUGUAUUUUUCCCUCAUUUAUCUUGUGGGGAAUCUGCUGAUGUGUGGAGCGUCCGUUUCAGCGAUGGACUUAUCGAAAGUAUUUUUUACACCCGUUGGAUUAUUACUGAUUGCUCUUGGGACCGGCGGAGUCAAACCAUGUGUUGCAGCAUUUGGUGGUGAUCAGUUCUAUUUACCAGACCAAUGCGAGGAACUGCAACAUUUCUUCUCGCUCUUUUAUUUCAGCAUAAAUUUGGGAGGUUUUAUGGGGAUGAUUAUAACACCAAUAUUGCGAAAAAAUGUAACUUGCUUUGGAGAGGACACUUGUUAUCCCUUGGGUUUUGGCUUUCCAGCUGCUCUGAUGUUGCUUUCGAUCGUCAUCUUCAUCAUCGGAAAGCCAUGGUACAGGUUAAAGAAUCCAAAAGAAAACGUCAUGCUGGACUUUAUGAAAUGCGCCACUUAUGCUUUAGUGAAGCGCAUGGGUGCCAAGAAAAAAAAAUACGAUCACUGGUUGGACUACGCCCAGGAUAAGUACAAUAAGAAACUGAUAGAUGAUAUGAAAAUUGUUUUUUCCGUUCUCUUCCUAUUCCUACCAGUACCUGUUUUCUGGUCAUUGUUUGAUCAACAAGGUUCAAGAUGGACGUUUCAGGCUUCCCACAUGAACGGUAAAGUUUUGGGAAUGGAGAUAGUGCCGGAUCAGAUGCAGGUUAUCAACCCAGCCAUGGUGCUACUCAUGAUUCCCAUAUUCGACACAGUGCUCAAGCCCCUAUUCGCCUCCUGUCCGGUUCUUCAGAACAACCUGAAUCGAAUGGCUAUCGGUGGAGUUGCCGCCAGUUUCGCUUUCUUUUCUGCCGGCAUUCUGGAGACGGUGCUCGAGAAGACCUAUCCCGAACUGCCGGAAAAGAGGCACGCUUCCAUGUUCAUCGUCAACACUCUACCGUGCAAGAUGAAAGUGUUCACACCGUUCGGCAGGAUGAUGGAAAUGGAGUCGGGCGAGUUGAGAUCGUUCAAGAAUUUGCCGGCUCACGAGCAUCAUACGUAUAAGAUAUCCGUUGAGGCCCCGAAAGUUUGCGGCAGUUUAUAUUUUCGGAAACACGUUUUCGAGAUGACAAUAAAUCCGGUCGAGAAUCAGGUUGAAACCGUCAUCAUAGGCGUGGGAGACAGAAAUAGGAUAGAAAUAUUUCAGACAGACCCUAUCGACUUCAAGAAAUCUCUGAAUGGUAGAGCUAGAGUCAGGAUCGCAUAUAUAAAAACGAGUAGGUCUCUUCAUAACGUUACAAUAAGUUUGAUGAAUUCGGAAGGCUUCCAGGACAUUUACUUCGUUCAAGAUUCCCUGAACAAUUAUCUUGCGACUUCAGCUUAUAUGGAGCUACCAGAUGGAGAUUACAACUGCUCCAUUAACAGCAACGAAAUUCCAGAGAUAGCAUUACGGAAGAUUCAUUUGGAUUUCGGUGGUAUAUAUGCCCUUGUGAUUCGUGAAAACAAGCGUAGAAUUGAGUUUUUUCGAGUUUACCCUAUGGCAGCUCCAAACACAGUUUGUAUAUUGUGGCUGAUCCCACAAUAUUUCUUCAUCUCCGUUGCUGAAAUUUUCUUUGCCAUAGCUGGAUUGGAAUUUGCAUUCAUGCAGGCACCAAAGUCCAUGAAAACUGUGACAAUUGCAGGAUGGUAUUUGAGCGUGGCAGUUGGCAAUUUUUUUGUCAUUCUAAUCACACAGGCCAAUUUCUUCAGGAGUCAGGCUCACGAAUUUUUCUUAUUUGCCAUUCUGAUCAUUGCUGAUAUGUUGGUCUUCCUCGAAAUGGCAUCAAGAUACAGAUUCGUCCAAUUGGAGGCAGAUAGCUCAAUUUACCUGUUUCGCGGAGAAAAAUCUCCCCUGAUCAAUGGAGACUCCGUACCUAUGUACAGCAAUGAUGAAGAUGAAGAUGAAGAGGAGGAGGAGGUGAAGAACGUAGUGGAUGAAAAAUAGAGCAUUUCCCCAGUUUGUUUAUUUGUAUUAUAUUAGCAUUCGAUUUUAUUUUAUAUUCUAUGUUGUACCUAUACCCAUAUUAUGAACUACAUAGUGUACUUUAAGGAAUGAAUAAAAAAGUGUUAUGAGCGCUGAAA